AUGUUUAAUCUGCACGCGUUAGACUCCCCCGCUGUGAUUUUCGACAAUGGCUCGGGGCUCUGCAAAGCGGGCCUGUCCGGGGAGUUUGGACCCCGGCAUAUCGUCAGCUCCAUCGUGGGGCACCUGAAAUUCCAGGCGCCCUCAGCAGGGGCCAACCAGAAGAAGUACUUUGUCGGGGAGGAGGCCCUGUACAAGCUCGAGGCCCUGCAGCUGCACUCCCCCAUCGAGCGUGGCCUGAUCACAGGGUGGGAUGACAUGGAGAGACUCUGGAAGCAUCUCUUUGAGUGGGAGCUGGGUGUGAAACCCAGUGACCAGCCUCUGCUCGCGACGGAACCCUCCCUGAACCCCAGGGAGAACCGAGAGAAGAUGGCGGAAGUCAUGUUUGAGAACUUUGGCGUGCCCGCUUUCUACCUGUCGGACCAGGCGGUGCUGGCUCUCUACGCCUCGGCCUGCGUCACGGGCCUGGUGGUGGACAGCGGGGAUGGGGUCACCUGCACUGUCCCCAUCUUCGAGGGUUACUCCCUGCCCCACGCAGUCAGCAAGCUCCACGUGGCGGGCAGGGACAUCACGGAGCUCCUCACGCAGCUGCUCCUGGCCAGCGGCCACACCUUCUCCUGCGAGCUGGACAAGGGCCUGGUGGAUGACAUCAAAAAAAAGCUGUGCUACGUGGCCUUGGAGCCCGAGAAGGAGCUUUCCCGGAGGCCGGAGGAGGUCCUGAGGGAGUACAAGCUGCCCGACGGGAACAUCAUCAGCCUCGGGGAUUCGCUGUACCAGGCGCCCGAGGCCCUGUUCACGCCCCAGCAGCUGGGCUGCCAGAGCCCCGGGCUCUCGCAUAUGGUCUCCAGCAGCAUCACCAAGUGUGAUGCUGACAUCCAGAAGAUCCUCUUUGGGGAGAUCGUGCUGUCGGGGGGCACUACCCUGUUCCACGGGCUGGAUGACCGGCUUCUCAAGGAGCUGGAGCAGCUGGCCUCCAAAGACACUCCCAUCAAGAUCACGGCUCCCCCCGACCGGUGGUUCUCCACCUGGAUUGGAGCCUCCAUCGUCACCUCUCUGAGUAGCUUCAAGCAGAUGUGGGUCACUGCCGCAGACUUCAAGGAGUUUGGGAGCUCCGUGGUGCAGAGAAGAUGCUUCUGA